AUGGCCAUGGCUUGCCCUGGCAUCGUGCGCUUGGAGUGUGUGGGUGCCAAAACGCAUCUGCGGACCAAGCGGUUGCUGUUGCUCCUAGAGAACUUACGGCAUGGUUUCGAGCGUAUGCGGCUCCUGGAUGUGAAGCUAGGGGCCGAGACAUCCGUGGCAGGCUGGAAAGGGAAAAGUCGAUUGAAUGCAUGGAAGAAUGCAUGCGUGGACCAGCGAACGAACUCGGCUGUGGAGGGCUUCCGCCUCGAGGGCAUGGAUCUACCCCCACGGUCUCUCGAGAAGAGGAUUUUAGAGGUACUCCAAGCCAAGAGCAUGGCCACUGCCAAGUACAUCUCGCCGAAGGUCAUUCGUCGUUUCACCUUGCAAAGGCUCCGGGCAGCUGACUUCCUGGAGUCAUGGCUGGACGUGUCAGAUCUAGGAGCUGGCGCAGAGCUACAUGCCCAACAAGCAGCCUUGGCCACUUUCAAGCAGAUGCAGCUAUUGCUCACAGCUGUGCUCGGUUUGGACGUUCCACAACAAUGGAUCGGCUCGUCUGUCGCGUUGGCCAUGGAGAUUGGCAGCUGUUGUUUGCAACCGCGGGUCGCUGUGAAGGUUUUCGAUUGGGGCCGGGCCGAGCUCAACACAUUGGACGACUUCAAUUCUUUGGCUUCUGAAGAGAAGGAGAGCCGUAGAAGGUACUGGAAGCAGUACUUGCAGGCUCUGGCACGUAUGCACUGGGAGUUGGGCCGUCUGGUGGCCCACCGAUUCUGUUGCCCCGCAUGGUCUGUUCUCGUGAUGGAGCUGCGGGCUGUCACGCCUGUCGUGCUACGUGCGGCCUUGCUGGGCGAAACCCUUUCAGCCUCUCAGGAGGUUCUUGGCAUGGGACUUUUCCAGAUGUCUCCAGAGGGCGGUCACGGAGAGAUCUCGUUGCCGCUGCUGGGCGCUGUUCGGCAGGAGACUCUGCUGGGUUCUCUCCGACUCCGUAUCGGCAUUCCGGUUCAUGGGGUCGGUGCUUGCUCCGUCGAGGUUUGCGAGACCUUUGAUGUGGAGGUCGUUGACCUGCUGGGCUGCAUCGUUACUGUGAAAGUCAUUGCAUUCGAGCGGCCCGGUGAUGCGCGCAUGCACUUGGAGGCAUUCCAGUCUGGGUGCCCGGCUCCUCUACCACGAGGGCACGUCUGUUGCCGCAGCACUUCUCCGGCCACUGCAACACAGAGCAAGCUUGUCUGGCAGGACCAUUUGGAAUUUCACGGUCUUGGGGAGGCUGCACAGGCGGCCGAGGCUGAGGUGCGAGGCUGCUUGGAAUCGCUGGGUGUGGAUUGUACGGGUGACUGGCUGGCUUCAAUGCCACCUUCGAUCUCGGAACCGGCGGAUGUGGACGAAAAGGCGGCUGCCUUCCUGACUUGCGUACUGUCGAGCUUGGACACCGACCAUCGCGAAGUCGACCUCGCAAUGAGCAGACAAGCGGUGCUUGGGGUCUACUCUGGAGCUGGAUGUUUGGGCCAGCUGCCGCACACGGUCGUGCUGGUACGCGCCGCGGAAGAGGAGGGAACCAAGCUGGUGGGUUGGGGCAACAAUCGCUACAAUGCCCUCGGAAUGAGGAAAGCGCUGGGCGACAGGUUUUCUGCAUCCAAGGCUGACCAGAUCAAUGGCAUCCACUGGCCGUGCACGAUGCGAGUGUUCGAGGAGGCUGAAAGUUCUCAAAAGAAGAAGCCACACUCGUCUCGUCACUUUAUCGAAGUCGCUUGUGGGAAUAACCACUCCGCCGUGCUGGAAAACCUGGAGCCGACUCAAGGGUCCACUUUCUCCAAGACCCGCCUUAUGACCUGCGGCAACAACUCCAACGGACAGUUGGGUCAGGGAGCCACAGAGCCGGAGCCUCGUGGUUUUGGAGGGCAAGCCAUGCAACAGUGGACCAGUGCACCAGUGCAUGAGGGGGCCCUCACAAAGGGUGCACUCGAAGCCAUCGGCGGGAUGAGCCAAGAAGCGGAUUACGAGGAAUUCCUGGCGUUGCGCCGGCAUGUCCGCAAGCUCCAGGCCGGCACUCCGCUGCUACUCCGCACUCAGGGGUCGCAGGGCCAAGAUCUGGAUCUUCAGAUCUGCUCCUUCCAAAUCUCCCAGGACCUGCAGCUCCUCUCUUGGCGGGACUGCGAAGGGAGCGGUCCCUCCCGGCAGAUUCCGCUCAGCAAAAUCGUCGCCGUGGAAGACGCCAGCCUUUUAUCCUUGCCGGGGGUCUCCAAUGGCGAGGGACAUCAUGCGCUGCAGGUGAAGCUGCGGCAGGAGAAAGGCUCGGCACUGCCGGCACAGAUCGAGUUGAUUUGCACCUCCAAGGAGGAUCUCGAGGCAUGGCUUCAUGGCCUGCGCUUCCUCGUCGCCGACCAAGGUGGCGAGGUGGCUAAAGCUCCGCAGGCGAAGUCCAGCGAACAAGGCCUUCAGGAGAAGCUAAAGCUGCAGGAACAGCUCUGCGAGCAGCUGCGGCAAGAGAACAGCAUGCUCCGAGACAUCGUCAAGAGAAAGGACGAAACCAUCUCGGAGCUUUUGCGCGACAGCCAAAGCAAGUCCAUCAAGACCGAAUCGACUUCGCGGGAGAGCGACGAGCACUUGCAGUAUCGCGAGGUCGCCAUUCUUAGGCGGAAGAACAAGCGCCUACAGCUUGACCUGAAGUCCAAGCAGCAGACCAUCGCAGGUCUGCUGAAGCUGGUCGAGAGGUUGUCGCAGCAGGCAGAUGCCGAAACCAGUGCGCCGGAGGAGGACACGCAGGACGAGCCAGAAAUCAACCCGAAAGUUGUGGGUCCCAAGAUUCAGGUGACCCAGGUAGCUGUGGACCCUGAUGAGCCUCGAACGGCCGAAGUGCCGGUAGUGCAGGCCCCAUGUCCCAGCCCGCUGGAUCCAGCGCCAACUCCCACUCAGUUGCAGGAGGGCCCCUUUGCGGGGGAGCUGGUCGCGCUAGUCGAGAAACUGCAGGCCUUGCAAGAAGCCACGUUGUCAGCUACCCAGGGAGUGGCCUCCCUCGGCAGCUUCCAGCCCCCGAGCCGUUCCUCGGCCGGGGGACAGGCGGCCCAGGCGAGCCCAGCGUCCCAGGCUCCUGCCAGAGCGGCGCCAGCGGCACCGGCCGCGCGGGGGCCGAAAAGUGCGGCCGCGCUCGAGGCUCUCAAGCGUGAGGUAGCGCUGCUGGAGGAGAAGAAAAGGGUUGUGCAGCACCUCGCCCACACCCUGGAGCCGGACGGCUCCGAUUCGGAGGAGGGCGACGGCUUUCCGCUGCGCUGA